GCAUGGCAUGCUGGGAUACCUCUUUCCAUCAUGGCGGAGAAGAGAGUAGGCUAACGUUGACGGUUAGCAUAUUCAACAACUUCUUGAUUUCGCGCGAUUCAGCACCGUAUUCACCUGGCCUCGACACUCGCAUCUACACGAACCGGAGCGUUUUGACUUAAAACUGCAUUGAUUAAGAGAGAUCCACUCCAGCGUCAUUAAGAGGGUCCUUUACCACAUUUCUGUGCUGCUGCGAUGGAAUGUGCAGUGGAGGUUCCAUCAGGUGAGGAUGAAAAGCCUGAGAAAGACGAUGUGAACGCCAAGGAAGGCACUGAGGUACCCCACAAGAAAAACAAGAAGCACAGGAAACACAAAAGCAAAAAGAAGAAGCGGAGGAGAAAAGGCGAGAAGGAGAGCAGUUCAGAAUCUGGCGCCGAGUCAGAUGAAGAGCCUCCACCUCCACCGAGAAGGACCACUAGAGCCAGUGCCAGAUUGGCAGCUGUGACUGGAAAUGAACACACUGGACCGAAGGAAGAGAAGAGAAAAGAUGCAAUUAUUGAUGCAGAUGGAGGCUCGAAACCCAAAAAACAUAAAAGGCAAGCUGCGAAAAAGAAAAAAAAGAAGCGAAAGAAAGAUGAAAAGCAAGAAAAAAAAUCGUCACGCUCGCCUUCUGACAGCAGCUCAGCUUCAGGUUCUGACUCUGACGGGGAAGGAGGUAAAACAGCGGGCAAUGGGAAACAUUCCCAAGUUGCCGUGCCUGACCUGAAGGAACCAACAAGCCGACCGAAUCCAAAAGGCGACCAAGAGGAAGAUGAGGUAGCUCCCAUCUCAAUGCAAAAGCCUGAAUUGCCAGAGGUUAAGAAGGAAGAGAUAGCAGACAUGGAUGUGUCCUGCACACAAGAGAUGGUCAGUUGCACCAAUGAAAUUGAGAAGGAUAAGAGAUCACCUUUUGUUGGCCAAGAUGAGAUAACACAGACAGAUAGUGUUGUGGUUAAGAGUGAGAGCAGCUAUGGAGAGGCCAAAUUCAUGCACGCUCAGGAACUACCUGACAUCAUCCCAAAACAGGAAGGUAGUACUCCAAAAGAUGACCUAAUCCAAAAAGACCAGGCUAGUUUGCUACAAGGGGGAACGGUCAAGGAGCACGACUCGCCCAGGUCUUUAUCUCCUUCUAGGGGAUUAGAAAUAAAGAAGUCAGAAUCGGGCCCCAGUCGGUCACCGUCCCCCUGUCUUAGCAAGCAAGAGGCUGAGGUUCAAUCAGAAGAACCUAAGAAAGAACGGUCUAGAACCCGUUCUAGGUCAAGCUCAAAGGAAAAGCUGCCUUCAACUCCUCAGAAGAGUCGAAGCCCCUCUCGCUCCAAGUCCCGCUCUCCCACUCCUAAAUCCAAGAAAAAAACGCUCUCUCCAUUCCGAAAGUCACAGAAAACAACCAGCCGCCGAUCCCGUUCCACCUCCCUCUCUGUCACUCCAGUGAAAAAGGGAUCAAAAUCUCUGAGCAAGUCCAAGUCUCCUAAACGACGGCGGGGUUCUGUGUCCGUUUCCCCAAAGCGACGCAGGAGCUCUCCCUCACCCAAAAGAAAAGUGUCACGAUCCCCUAAGCGUGGAGGGCGGAGGUCCCCCUCCCUGUCUCGGUCUCCAAGGAGAAGACGUAGGUCAAAGUCUCGUUCCCGUGGGGGCAAAAGGCGCUCCAGGACCCGGUCACCAAGGCGAGGCGGCGCAGUCGGUCGACGUUCAUUGUCACGUUCCAUCACAAAGCCCCGCCGUUCUCACUCUAGGUCUAGACGCCCUCUUGCUCGCUCUAGAUCAAGAUCAACAACAAGGCGUGCAGGAGGCAGACGCUCCAGGAGUCCAUCCUUGUCACGGCGCAGGAGGUCCCCUCCAACCAGGUCCCGCCGCUCACGGUCUCGGUCAGCUCGGCGGAGCAGACGGACCCGUUCACGAUCCAUUGCAAAGACGAAGCGCAGCCGGCGCUCCAGAUCCAGGAGUCCUCGCAAACGGACCAAAUCAAGAAGCCCACCCCCCCGGCGGCGAUCCAAAUCCCGUUCGGCGGUCAGAAGGCGAUCUCGAUCGCCUGCAAGGAGGAACCGGUCACCACCGAGGUCAAGCAAGCGCUCAAAGUCCCGCUCUCUGUCUCGAAGACACCGAUCACCGCUGCCGAGCAAAAAGAGGUCAAAAUCUCCAAGAAAGAGUGGACGGAGGUCGAAGUCUAAAUCUGUCUCUAGGGGGUUGAACAAAUCUAAAUCCAGGUCUAGGUCUGAAUCAAGUGAUGGAAGGUCUGAAAGUUCCUCUUCAGCCAGAUCCAUAUCUUGCACACCAGUUAAAGAGAAGAAGGCUUCUCCUCCUGCUAGAGAGAAGGCUUCCCCUCCUGCUAGAGAGAAGGCUUCCUCUCCUGCUAGAGAGCAGAAGGCUUCCUCUCCUUUUAGAGAGAAGGCUUCUCCUCCUGCUAAAGAGCAGAAGGCUUCCUCUCCUUUUAGAGAGAAGGCUUCUCCUCCUGUUAAAGAGCAGAAGGCUUCCUCUCCUGCUAGAGAGCAGAAGGCUUCAUCUCCUGCUAGAGAGAAUUUUUCCUCUCCUGCUAGAGAGAAGACUUCCCCACCUGCUAGAGAGCAGAAGGCUUCAUCUCCUGCUAGAGAGCAGAAGGCUUCAUCUCCUGCUAGAGAGCAGAAGACUUCAUCUCCUGCUAGAGAGCAGAAGGCUUCAUCUCCUGCUAGAGAGCAGAAGACUUCAUCUCCUGCUAGAGAGCAGAAGGCUUCAUCUCCUGCUAGAGAGCAGAAGGCUUCCCCUCCUGCUAGAGAGAAAACACCAGAAGUGUUGGAAGUGUUCAGACCUGUUGAAGAAAACGGAUCCCCUUCUGUUGAAGCAGCAGGCGAUCAGCAACCAUUGCCCCCCGCAGCUGACGCCAGUCCCCAGGGCGGGAGUUCCCCAGAUAAGGCGCAGGAUGAGCCCGUUCUGGUUCAAAACGUGCAAGGUCCCAGUUCAAGAUCUGCUUCCCGAGAGCGAGGCAGUGGCUCGGAUGCUUCCGAUUCUUCCGAAGGGUCAGAUGACGAUGAGGAAUCUCCAAUCAAAAUUGUGUCAAAAAGCAAGAAAAGCUCCUCAGGUUCAGCCUCUCCAGAAGUACCAAAGAAGCCGCUUUCCAAGUCCCGCUCACCCGCUGAUCGCAGGAAAGUUUCUCGCUCAACCUCAAAGAUUGCAUCCAGAAGAAAGUUGUCCAGAUCCAAGUCUCCAGUUAGGAAAAGAGACUCGGUCUCUCCGUCACAAAGAAAGAAGCGACGGUCCAAAUCUCGGAGUCCCGUUCGACGGCGCAGAUCCCGUUCACGUUCUACCACGCGACGCAAGCGUUCUGUCUCCAAGUCACGAGCUAGAAACCGCCGAUCCAAAUCCCGCUCUCCAGCUCGCAAGAGACGGUCCCGUUCACCAAAUGUUCGGGGAAGGAGGAGAUCCAAGUCCCCGGAUAGGAAUAAGCGCUCCAAGAGCCGCUCCACAGGCCGGAGGAAAAGAUCCAGAUCGGGAGACAGAAGCAGGCGCUCGCGGUCCCGCUCCUCAGAUCGCAGACGCAGGUCAAGGUCACGAGGCCGAGGGCGACGGCCAGCAUUUCGCAGUCGUUCGUUUGACAGACGAGACAGAUGGAAGAGGGAACCAAGUCACUCUCCGGUUGUCAUUCUCCGCAAGCAACGCCGCUCAGGGUCCCGAUCUCGACGCAGCCCUAGCAAGACGCCUCCAAGGCUCACUGAUCUGGAUAAAGACCAGCUGCUUGAAAUAGCCAAGGCAAACGCUGCCGCCAUGUGUGCCAAGGCAGGGGUUCCCAUUCCUGAGAGUCUUCGGCCAAAAGCCAUUCUCCAGCUCCCUCUCCCAACGCCAUCCCCUGCCCCCAUUUCAUUACCUUUACCUUUACCUCUGCCAAUGGGCAUGGGAAUGCACAACAUGUCCAGCAUGGGUCCAAUGGGCUUACCAAGUAUUCCUGGAAUGCCCACAAUGUCAAACAUCACCAUGAGUGCUGCUGUGGCAAGUAUGACAGCAGCCACCAUGACGGCCGCCUUGACCAACAUGGGUGCGCUUGCAGCUAUGCCGCCCCUUGCCCCUCUUCCCACCAUCACUAAUAAACCACCCCCUAGCCUUGCCCCACCAGCGCCGUCUCUAAACAUGGACCACAUCGAGGAAGCAAAGAGAAAAGUCACUCAUCAGGCCAACAUACAUACCAUUAAGGAGCUGACGGAGAAAUGCAAGAUGAUUGCAAAUAGCAAAGAGGAGAUGGCUAUUGCUAAGCCCCAUGUGUCAGAUGAUGAAAGUUAAAGCGAUCAAGGACACAAGCCACUUCAUUUGAACGACUGAGGCAAAAUGUAGGAUUCUCUUGAAGGACCUUCUUUCCCACAGUCCUCUCUGUUAGCCCGAUGGUCUGACAGAGCGGUGAAGCACCCUGGUUGUUGCAGCUACAAAACAUCGGAGCGCCAGCAAGGCCAACUGCUCCCCACUUUGUUGUUUUGUUUGUAUGAGAGCUAGAGACUUGCAGACUUUCACCUGUUUUCCUACUGACUAAACAGGCCGCACUGAGGUGCACAGUUGUAUGACUGUACAGUGAGUUUUAGUACGUUUGUGUCGAUGUCUUUCACCACCAUCCAUGCAGAGCAGCUUCUCACCUAGAUAAGACAGUUAGAAAUCCCGAGGAAGAAACGAAAUGAACUAACUUCUGGGACGAAUGCUUUUGUAUGCGUUAUACAUUUCUCCGAAACUGUUAUACCUUUAAGUUUUUUUUAGGAUUUCAUUAAACAGGCUAUUCCUUGUUUUGCUGUACUCUUUUCAGUUAUCUGUAACCCCCUGUUUUAUGAUCAAAUAAUGCAAAAUAGGUUAAAAGAAAGUAUAGCUCCUCACUUGUGAUGUCUUUAUACAAAUUAGGAGUCAUAAAAGUAAAAACAGAAUGCAAGAUCCCGUUAUUUAGAACAUUUCAGUAUGUUGACUGCAAAGGAACUACAUAACCUGCUGUCCUGCUUGUGUGCAGAGUACAGCACCGAUGUCAUCUUUGAUCUGCUAUUUAGUUCUGAACGGAUUUUCCUCUGGAUUUAGAUCUUUGUUUUAAGAUCAUUUUAGAGGCACAAACUGCUUAGGUUAUGUUUUCAGAAUAGCACCCAUCGGUUAAUAUGGAUAUCUUAGAUGAGUGAUCAACUUCGAUGUGACGAUGAACCCCCAAGCUCUAGUAAUUUAGUUUUUUGUUGUUUUCUUUUUUGUUUUUUUGUUUUUUAUCCGGGGUUCUUCUAGCUUAAGCUAAAACGAUUACACAGUAACGUGUCCUUAAAUACGUUGCUCAAUAAAACUCUUCAAAAACAUUUCACUUUCAUUCAGAUAAUACACGUUAGUAGUUUUAGAUGAAUUCAGUAGUAAAUUUGACCCUUUUUUAAGUUUCUCAUUUAAUUUUAUCACUUUUUUUAAAUCUCUAUGAUCUUUUCUGCAGAAAGCUGACGAUAUCCUGUGAAAUGUUUCCGACAAUCAGGGUAUUAAGAUGCUUGCGUUAAAGGUCAAACAAUGGGUACAUGGACAUGCAUACACCUUCUAGCUUUGUUUUCAGGUGGCUUGUUGGUUAAAAAAAGGUUAUUAAUGUGGAAACAUUAGAGCCCAACAAACCCAAACAUUUAAACACUUAGGACCUGGAAAUGCUCUUAUCUCAGCCUCACUCGUGUGCGCGUGCUUGUUUGCCCCGUUGAAUAAUCGAAGAACAAAGACAAACUUGGUGCUCAUAGAAAAACAACAACUGUAAGGGACAAGUGUAUUCUGAUUAAAAUGAGAUAUUGUCAUAAUUAUCUUCAUUGGCGGGGUAUGUAAUUGUGAUUCCAUGCAGCUUUUUCACUCUCAUGCCCAAGUUUGGUAAAACUAUAGAAAACGAGCUCUGAAGAUUUUUUGUCAACUUUAAUUAAACUUGCUCUGUACAAUGUCUUGUUAUAACUAUCAUAACAUUUUAGGGUUCUUUUUGUUUCUUUUAUUUCAACAUGAUAUUGUUGCUUGCUUUGUAUAUAAACGUGUUGAUGAUUAUUAAAAACCUCAACAAAUCUGUA